UUGUAUUGAUGGGCUCUGAAGGACCAACGGCUGUGACAAUUAACAUCACAGGCUUCAAGAAGUUCCAUGGAGUUGCAGAAAACCCAACGGAGAAAAUAGCAACUAACCUGAAAGAGUAUUUAGUCAAGAACAGUCAGUCGAAAGAGAUGGUUCUUGGAAGCUGUACUGUGCUUGAGACGGCUGGUCAAGGAGCUCUCGCAUCACUUUACCAGUUGCUACAAUCCGCGGUUAACACGGAAGAGUCAGAGUCAUUGCCCUCUGGAAAAACUAUUUGGGUUCACUUUGGAGUUAAUAGUGGCGCUACGAAAUUCGCAAUUGAGAAACAAGCUGUGAAUGAAGCGACUUUUCGUUGCCCCGAUGAAUUGGGAUGGAAACCUCAGAAUUUGCCAAUUGUUCCCUCUGAUGGUCCAAUCUCAACUGUCAGAAAGACUACUCUUCCUGUUGAUGAGAUAACAAAGGCGUUAGAGAAGAAAGGCUUUGAGGUGAUAACAUCGGAUGAUGCAGGCCGAUUUGUGUGCAACUAUGUGUAUUACCACUCUCUGAGAUUUGCAGAGCAGAACAAGACCAGUUCGCUCUUUGUCCACGUUCCUCUUUUCGUUGCUGUGGAUGAAGAGACGCAGAUGAGAUUCACGACUUCUCUGCUG